CUCGCUCCUUAAACGGGAUUCCGGCUGGGCGAGCCGCCGGACGGCAUCACCGGGCAUCCCGCGGCGCGGAGCCCCGGAGGCUCUGGCAGGUCCCCGCUGUCCCUCCCCGCACACACACACUCAGCCCGGCCCGGAAAGCAGGAAAAAAAAUAAUUUACAAGGUUUCCCCCUUUCCCUGACCUCCUCGCCCGUGACUCUUGAGUGGAAAAAAAAUCGCCCGCGGGGGCGAAGCGGGGGGAGGUUGUUCCAAAGCCGGUGAAGGGGCAGAGCCGCUCCGUGGGGAGGGCACCCCCAGGCAGCCCCCGCCACCCCGGGGACGGGGGGGAUGAGGUAGAGGCCGGCGGCGGAGCGCCCGCCGGGCGCCGUGGCCGCGGAGGGCAUGAGGCGGCGAGCGGCGGGGAUGGGCUCCAGAGCGCGGUGUUAGAGCCCGGCAGCAGCCAAGGUCUGAGAGGACAGUAGCCUGUGCGAUACGGCGGGAUCUGGUUUUCAAAAUGGAAUUGCAGCUGGCGCUCCUUUUGGCAGGGAUAAUUGCAUUUUCGGACUCAGCGAGAGGCCCCCCAAGGAUCGCCGAUAAAGUGAUUCACCGCCAGUCCGUGAGGCUGGGCAGGACCAUCAAGCUCCUGUGCCCGGUGGAAGGCGACCCCCCGCCCCUCACCAUGUGGAUGAAGGACGGACGGACCAUCCACAGCGGCUGGACGAGGUUCCGGAUCCUCCAGCAAGGGCUGAAAAUCAAGGAGGUGGAGAGCGAGGAUGCGGGGACCUACAUCUGCAAAGCCACCAACGGCUUCGGCAGCACCAACGUCAACUACACCCUCAUCGUCAUCGAUGAUGCCAGCUCAGGAAAGGACAGCCAGGUGCCUGAAGGCUCCAAUGGAGAACAUGAAGACCAUUCUGGGAAGCAGUGGGCCCGGCCCAGGUUCACUCAGCCUGCCAAGAUGAGACGGAGAGUGAUCGCCCGCCCCGUCGGCAGCUCCAUCCGCCUCAAGUGCGUGGCCAGCGGCAACCCCAGGCCUGACAUCACCUGGCUGAAGGACAACAAGCCCCUCACUGCCCAGGAGAUUGGGGAGAACAAGAAGAAGAAGUGGACGUUGAACCUGAAGAACCUGAAGCCAGAGGACAGCGGGAAGUACACCUGCCGGGUGUUUAACAAAGUUGGAGAAAUCAACGCGACGUACAAAGUUGAAGUGAUCCAGAGGACGAGGUCCAAGCCCAUCCUGACAGGGACACACCCCGUCAACACCACGGUGGACUACGGUGGGACCACGUCCUUCCAGUGCAAAGUGCGCAGCGACGUCAAACCCGUCAUCCAGUGGCUGAAGAGGGUGGAGUAUGGCACGGAGAGCAAGUACAACUCCACCAUUGAUGUUGGGGGGCAGAAGUUCGUCGUGCUGCCCACCGGGGAGGUCUGGUCCCGCCCAGACGGCUCCUACCUGAACAAACUGAUGAUCACUCGAGCCAAGGAGGAGGAUGCAGGGAUGUACAUUUGCCUCGGGGCCAACACCAUGGGCUACAGCUUCCGGAGUGCUUUUCUCACAGUGCUGCCAGAUCCCAAGCCUCCCAGCGCACCUGUGCCCCCUUCCUCAGCCAGCAGCCUGCCCUGGCCCGUCAUCAUCGGCAUCCCGGCCGGAGCUGUCUUCAUCUUCGGGACCAUCCUGCUGUGGCUGUGCCAGUCCAAGAAGAAGCCCUGCUCCCCCCCUGCUGCGGCCCCCGCGCACCGCCCGCCGCCCCGCGACCGCAUCUGCGUGCCCCAGCUCCCCGACAAAGACUGCAUCUCCUCCAUCAACUACGAGGAAUACGUGGCCCAGCAGCAGCAUUUACUGUCCCAGGGGCCCGGCCUGGCCCCUGCCAUGGGCUCCAAAAUGUACCCAAAGAUUUACACGGACAUCCACACCCACACCCACUCGCACGUGGAAGGCAAAGUGCACCAGCACCAGCACAUCCAGUACCAGUGCUGAGGGCUGGCCCCGUGUACAGUGGCUCCUUUGGGCUUUUCCUCGUGGUACCUCAGCAGAGACUGCUCCACUGCCAGCAACAGGCAGAGCAGGCAGAAAAGGUUAUAUAUGUAAUUUUAAAUAUAUAUAUAUACAUAUAUAUAUAAUUGUAUAUGCGUGUGUGUAUGUGUGUAUAUAUAUAUGUGUAUAUAUCUAUAUCUAUCUAUAUAAAUAUAUAUAUAAUAGAGAAAGACACAGAGAGAAAAGAGAUUUUUUGGUUUUUUAAUUAUUGCAAUCAGGAUGUAGCCAAGGAAUAAUGAAGGAACUCCAAUUCAGAGCAGAGAGGCAGCUGUCUCCAGCAGUAGAGCCUUCCUGGAUAUUUUAAUCAAAGUGGCAACAAGUGAGAUGGGACACAGGGAUGUGAACCACCACCUCCUUCCUUGUGUUUCUGAAGGGAGCAGGCAGAGCAAGAGGUGUGUGUGGUGCUUUUCUGGCUGGGCCUGGAUGCCUGCUGGGCAUCCCUUGUUUUGGUGGGAAGCCCCCAGACCUCUCCUGCUCUGAGUAACUCAAGCUCUAUCGUACUUGAGGCUUAGUGCCAAAGCACCAGGAUACAUAACCCAUUCAUCUCUUCCAGGGAAAGAAAAUAACACAAAAGAGGGUCUGAAAAAAACAAUUUCUGUUCACAAGGUGAAAAUUCUUCUCAGUUGUGGUCAGCACAAUCAGCUAACCAGGCUGGUUGGGUCACUUUCUGCAAGGUGAAGGCAUCUUGUUUCCCAUGGGAUGUUCUGCAGAUCAGCUCCACUCCUCUGGUCCUAGGACUCAGUGCCACUGCCAGGAAAAAGGAAAGAAGGAAAAAGGAACAUUGUACAGAACACCUUUAUAUUUAUAUUUAAGAAAUAAUAAUAAUUAAUAAUAAUAAUUGAACUGCUGAUGGUGAAGAAAGCAAAACACACUGUCCUUCUCUGAUGGCUUAGAGUGACAAGCUACUGGAUUUUCUGCAUCAAUGCAAAAUAUGUGAAAGCAUUAGAAAAAAAUAGUAAGAAGCAAAGAGAGUGAAAUAAUCUUGUAGGAAAAAAUUGCAUUUGAGAAAUAUCCACCUAGGUUGUGUGUGGUUGUCCCCUCCCCUCAGAUAUCACUUUGUAAGUGAUAAAACAUUGCAGUUCAAACAACAGUAAAAACAGAAAGAAGAGAAAAUAAAUAAGGACCAUAUGAAAUACCUAUAUGGACUGGGAAUGAAUCCAAUUGCAAAAUAUAAAACCUUUGUAAUUCUAUAUAGAGUUUAAACAGAAGUCAUGUAUAUUUAAUUUAUUUUGUUAAACAAGAAAAAAAAUGUAUGAUAUUUUCCUCAAAACAGGCAUUUCUAUAUGUAUUUUUGAUCAAAGAAAAUAAAGAUUUUUUUUUUCAGGUUCUGUAGAUGCCAUGCUCAGAACACACUUGAUGUAGCUUGUGACCAACUGUGCUUCUCCUAACCUGGAGGCCACCUGUCUCUGUGCCUUUUCUCACUAGCCAGGUGUCAUCUCCUGUCACCUCAGGUGCUGCUGGUGCCAUGCUGUCCAUCAGAAAUUGACCUUUUCCACUGUCUGCAUCCUGACUGGGGGGUCUGCAGUGGCCACAUCACUUCUCAUGGACCCCAGCCAUCUUCAGCAGCAGAGUGCUCCUCUCACAGGGAAAACUGCUUCACUGUGCAUUUCUGGGGGGUGUGGGGAGGAUGAUUCAUUAGUUUUUUAAGCCCAGACCUGCAGUGGUUUGUUGGUUUGGUUUUGUUUUUUUUAAAGAAAAUUUUGUAAAUCAAAGCAUAAUAAUUUGUGAGGCUGUAAAAGAAACUUUGGCCUCAGGGUGCUUGGAAGGGGAAAUAAUGAAAUGUAGGUGAAACACUUAAUUUGUAACUGCAGCUGCUUUAGGAGCCAGUGGAGGGUGAGCUGGGCACAGUCAGGAGAGAGCACAGGAGCUGCUCCCCUUCAGGGGGGCUUGAACCUUCCUUCUGCUGCACACCAUGGAGAGGCACCCUGCUCUUCAGGGGACAACAUUUUCUUUGGAGAAUGCAAGUUCAGCAAUCAUGAAACUGUUUCUCUUCUUUUCAUUCAGAGUUUGAAGGUUUAAAAAAAAAAAAAAGAAAAUUUGAAACAUGCUAAUUUUUAUGUUUGGAAUUACUUCCUUCUCAAGCCUGUUCCAUGAGAGAGAUCCUCACCAAACCAGCUGCUCCAUUUAAAAGUGUAACACUUUAUUUAAUCUGAAACAAAGCUGUGCUUUAGGCUUUGCUUUUCUCCGAACAUUUGUGGAGCUAUUUGCUCUGUGUUGACCCGCAGUGAUUUUUUCUGGUGGUUUGUUUGAAUCACCAGCAAACCAAACAGUUCCCUGUUUGCUCAGCCGUGGUGCUGUGAGAUGGGGCCCCGAUUCAGUGAAACACGUCAGCUCCUUCUUUCUUCACCAAUACAUUCUGCUCCAAAAAGUCCCUUUCUUGCCCCAGGAGGAGGUUACCCAUGUAGUAACCCCUAGAAGAAGACCAUCCAUCAUGAUGGUCCUCCUGUAGAGGUUGUAAUAAAGCAGCCCAUUGAUAACUAGUAUUUUUCAGCAGGAGGGUUCAACACAAAUUUAUGAAAUCCCUAAAAUUCAGAUUAAUGAUAUCUUUAUAUGCAUCUUCUCAGCUUCAGGGAGACAUGAGAGGAGCCUAAGUGUGAGCACUGAUAAAAGGCAUGAUUUAGGCAGGAGUUCUUAAUGGCUGAAGUAUACCGAGUCAUUUCAUUUAAAAAAAUAAAUUUAAAAGCCUCUAUACACUAAGGGCAUUGCCUGUAUUUCAAGGAGACAGUAAGUGUAUAGAUGCUAAAGGCUACAUCUCAUCUCUUGUGCCUGUGGGAAGCUACUUACUACACGUGGUAUGUCCCAAACUGCUGCACAUUCCAGCAGCAUUAGGGGCAUGGCAAAGGGCAGGAUUCCCCUGUAAGCCCCUGGCUCUUCUCUGCUCUCUGGGCCAGUUCUGUGGCAAGGGGACACUUCUGAGCCAUGCCCUGUGGGCAGCACUGGCACCCUUCAGAGGUGAGCCCUGGGUUUGUGGGGUUCAGCCCUAAGCAAACCCCGAGAGGUUUUCUGAUGGCACCAGCCCAAGUGGCAGCUCUGUCCCUGAGCCUGGGAGGGGUUGGUGGGUUAAGAGAAGCACUCCUGCAUUUCCCACGCAGCACAGAAUUCCAGGCUGUGUGCGGCCCUCUCCACCAGUGCCUUCUGCCCUUUGUGACCCAGCUCCGUACCAUGCAGGCAAAAACUUCACAUUUUGUCAGGUGGCUCAAGUGGAAGGAGUGGCUUCUUCCUGCCCUCCAAAGAUAAAUCUCUAGUGCUGCUGACAGAGCUCUCCAAAGGCAAAUGUUGCAUUAAACUACCCCGUGUGGGCAGUGCAUCAGCUGCUCCAGGGCAGCUGCAGCUCUCAGCUGUGGCACUGAGAAGGCAGCUCUGGUUUUGGACGCACCAUGAGAGAUGCUAUAAAGGUCUUGAUUUGCAGAAAGUGUGGGGAUUUCAUCCUGCCUUGGCUAUCUGCUCCAUCUUGACCACCAGAAAAGAUGUGAGAUUUCCCCCCAGGAAAUACCAUCAAAUGCCCUGUUUAGGAGGGGCUCUGUUUUUUGUCUGGGCCUUGCAUUGGGUUGCUGUGCCUGGGUGGAUUUCACAUUUUUGAGGAAUUAUUUUUCCUUCACAAGGUACCUCUAAGACCUUUUCCAACUCACUCUGUCCCAAGCCCAUUGAAUUUUAGGGCUUGAUUGUGCCUUGCAUAUAUUGGAAAGUCUUCCACAGUUUAAAUACAUUCAACCAGGUCACACUUGUGUAUGAACAUAUUUUUUAUUCAGUGAGAAAAGGUUUGGAUGCAUCUUCAUUCCUAAAUAGAGGGUGUUCAAAGAAAACCAUUGUCUUGUUUGUGGUAACUGACCCUAUGUUGAACACAGAUUUUUUAUUUUAUGUAUUUGUAUGCAUAUAGGCAUAUAGAUGUACAAGUCAGGCUGUGAUACAGAAGGCAGUUGUACUUUUAAAACCAUGGAGCUUCAAAGAUCAAAGGAAUUUUAGGCUUAAAACUCACUAUCUUUGUUAAUUUUAUUUGCAUUACAGAUCAAACAUGGCUUUACCUACCAGUUUGUGCAUGGCAUUUUUUAACUUUGUAUGGACAAUCUUUCUGUGGUUGGCCCCUUUCAAACUGAAAACUUAUCAGACAUUGAAGAUAAAAAGUGUUCUGUGGUUUUCAUUUGGUGACAAAUACAAUAACUGAACACAUCAAAGGAGACAGAAUGGCACAGUGUGUCUGUGGCUUUGUAAUAAAAGUUGCAGGAAAAAAAAGGAAUAAAAGCCUGGAGUUGUGUUAAUAUGUUUUAGAGUUCUGUGUUUUGAAGGGAAGUGUGGCUCUGUGUGGGUGUGUGUGUGUUAGCACACAUCAGGAGUGUGUGCUGGCAGGACAAACAGAAUAGUAAAGUUACCUGUGUGCCACAGCUUGGUCUGAUGUUUUGUGUGGGUUCUGUGAAUCAAGCAGAGGCAUUAUUUUUUUAUGAUUUGGAAAAGGUUUCUGAUUUUUGGUGGAAAAGAGCAGUUUUUAAUCUGUUCACCUCUAGAGCCAAAUGCUAUAACUGCACUAGGAGCCAAAUUUUAAUUAGCAAAAUGGAAUUUUGCAGUACCUGGACUGGACCAGGGAUUCCAAGGUCAAGCUCAGCACCUUCACCUCUUUUGAGGCAAACCUGGGAGUGUCUCACUACUCACUCCAGAGGCAGUAAAUGUCCAAGCUGUGACAUCUUAAGUUCAGAAAAGCUGGCCCUCACCCAAACUUCAUCUUGACCUGACCUGGGCCUCUGACCCAAAACUCUCUGUGUAGAAAUUGCAUACUUGGGGUAGGAAAGAGGAAAUAUUUCUCUGUUUACUCCAUUUCUGUGGCUGUCUGAAACUCUUGAGAGGUUUGAAAUAUUGGAAUAAAGACCUGGGGAAGAUGCAGAGGUGAGCAAACCCUGGAAGGUGGUCAGAUAUUAAUGGGGAAUUCAUCAUGGCUUUCCUACCUGGGCAGCACAUCUGCCUACAUAAGGAACUUCGAGCAUGCCCAGGGCUCCAGAUUGCUCAAAGCUGAUGAUUAACAUUGAAUCAUUGGAAAAGAUCCUUACAAUCGUGGAAUUAUUACCCAUAAAGAACUUGUUCCAGCUCUUGGAGAUGCCAGUGGGAAAAAAAUCCCUGCAAUGUCCAGUGGGAAAUCAGUUGGACACAUGGAGCCAUUCCCAGGUUUUUACAUCUUUUCCCUGUCUGGCCCACUGGCAGAGAAAUAUGGGGCAGAAAUUAAUGGCCCCAGUGUGAAGUCAGACACACAUAAAUGGGAUAUAUGCACACACUUUGGAAGGAGCUAUCCAAGGAAGGGGUAGACAGUGCAUGUCUCAAAGUCUUCAAGGCUGUGUGGUGUGUGGCUGAAUGCAAGAUUUUGGGAAUGUUACUGGGAUAAAGGGAUUCAUGGAGCCCAGAUGAGUUCAUCUAGUGGUGCCUUCUGGCCCUAAGGAAAUGCAGCUGAGCUGCAGAGAAAAGGAGAUGCCAGAGCUUGUCCCUGCACCUGGCUGUGCUGCUCGCCGUGAGCACCGUGGCUGCAUGAGUGACCCCACGGCAACCGUGGGCACAGGGCUGCACUCCCAGGCUGCUCGCCCAGCUCCAGCUGCCUCCAGGCAGGAUGAUCCCAGCCCUUCCCAGCUUAGUGCUGCAGUCGUGACAUUAUUUACACAGAGUGGGGCUCUGCACCCACAUUUACUGCCCUUGGUGCAAGCAGCGGCGCGUCCCCACGUGCGCUCACACCCCUUCAUGGCAGGGUCUGUCUUUGAAAUGUGCUGGCAUGGCCUGGGGCUGUCAUCCAGUGUGUUGGGGUGGGUUAGAAUCUGUCAUCCUACGUGUCCUUUGGUGACCAGCUGAAGGAACAGGGUGGUUUUGUCUGGAGAAGAGGAGGAUGGCUUGGGGGGACCUCUCCACAACUACCUGAAAGGAAGCUGUAGUGAGGUGAGAGUUGAGAGGAUGAGGGGAAAUGGCCUCAAACUGCAACAGUGGAAGUUCAGAUGAGAUAAUUGGAAAGCAUUUUUCACUGAAAGAGUGGUUAGCCAUUGGAGUAAGUUUUCCAGGGAGUCACUGUUUCAGGAAAUGUUCAGGAGGUGACUGGAUGUGGCAAUUAGGGAGAUGGUUUAGGGAUGGAUUAUGGUGGUGCUGGUUUGACAGUGGGACUGGGUGACCUUGAGGUUCUCUUCCAACUCUGGUGAUCCUGUAAAUGCAGAGAACACCAAGGCACAGAACCAAACUGGUGAGAUAAAUUCAAGACCACUAACCAAUUAAUAUCUUCCAGUUACUUAUUGUCCAAAGUCUUUAAAUCUCAAACUAGACAUGUGGGAAAAAUUCUUUUACAAUGAGCAUGGUGAAACACCAGGUUGCCCAGAGAGGUGGUGAGGGCCCCUUCCCUGGAAACAUUCAAUGCCAGGUUGGUCAGGUCUCUGAGCAACCUGAUCUAGUUGAAGAUGUCCCUGCUUAUUGAGGGGGUGGGACUAGAUGAUCUUUAAAGGUCCCUUCAACCCACUCCAUGCUGUGAAUCUAUGAUCCAAAUGUGCUGGGAUGGUUUGGGGUCUGUUAUCCAAUUGUGAUGGGAAGCAUCCAGGCCACCUGUCAGGUCAGUCCUGUAUUCUGGACCUGUCAGAAAAUGCUACUAAGUAGGAAACUGUAGGCAUAGAUUCUGUCUUCACCAUAUCUUAUCAGCAGAGCAUUUCUUUGCCCAAGAUUCUCAGCUUUUAAAAAUUUUCUACAAAUGUAAAAAAGCCACAAGCAAAUCCCAGCACCGAAAGUGUGGAUUAUUGUAGUUGGAAAUAAAAAGUAAUGGCUGAUAAAAUCACAUUUAAAAUACUGGUGUUAUAUUCACUGUUAGGUGGCACAUGUCUAUUUAUGGAGUAGAGUCUGGAGAAAAGAGAAUGCCCAUUUUACAUUUCGUUUAGCCAAGGCACCUUUUGUGUGCUUACAGCUUCAGAUCUUUGCAAACAAUAUAUGGAGCUAUGACCUUUAUUUGUCCUCAUUUUAGCUUAUGCGUUUUUUCUUUCCUUCUUUUUUCUUUUCUUUUCUGUCAGUCUGCUGUAAUUAGGAUUUAACAUAUCCUCCAAUAUGCAUGGACAUCAACAAAGCAAUGAAUAUUCUUUUUUUUCCUAUUUUCACUAACCAAAUCCAGUCCAAAGUGCUAUUUCUAUCCGAGCUGAUCUAUGCUUUAGUGAAAGGAGUAAUAAAUAACAUUUUAGACCAGACUUCAAAAUGCCAUUUUCCUUUGAUCUGAGUAAUUAAAGUCAAGCUGCUGUUCCUGAGCGUUUUCUGAUGGAAUUACACGAGUUACACAGCUCUUCAUUUGUAUCUUAUUAAGCAUUAUGUGUUAUUGAUGCUGUCCAAACAAUUAGCACCUAAAUAUGCCCCAUAUUCUCAUAAAGAGGCAGUAGCAGUGUUAAUGUUAAUGCCCUGGUUAACAGUUUGCUCCCACCCGGAUUCCACCAUCGUGCUUGAAUGCCAUUUAAUAUCAAUCAGGACUUUACUGAUGCCCUUCUGAAGUCGUUCUCCUCUGCAAUCUUUUAACUGUGCAGCGAAGCGAGAAGAAGUCGAACAAUAACGUUAAGUAAAAAUGGCAUCUCUCUUAAAGCAGGAUUUUUUGUAAGUUCAUUGCAAGUUUUGGUUAUAAAAAGGCGAGCGCUUCAUGGCGAUCGGUCAUUUUGACGUUUUUAUGGCGUUUUUAUUACCCCUGGCUCAUUUCCAUACUAAAGAGAACAUUUGUAACAAUACUUGCUCGCUCUGUUAUGAUUAGGAUUGCGCUUUGUUCGGCGGUUGCUGCGCCCAGUAAUGCUCUUGGCACACGUCCUCCCAGACCCCGCGGUGUAUUUAUUCAAAAGGAAGGAAAAAGAAGUGUCUACUAAAACAAUAAACUACUACUGCUUGUGUUAACCUGGCCAUAGCUUCCUUGUGCUGCAGACAAUCAGUUAGAAAAGCUGUUGGGUAAACUUGCUCCUUCUGAAAAAAUAAAUAUUCAUGAAGCUUACAA